UGUUUAUCAUUUUCUAUGAACCAGGCUGUAGACUUUGUAGCUGUUUCAACAUCUUUAUUAGAAGCAUUACCAACAGUAAAAUCAUCGGCUGGAGAAAGUAAGAUGGUUCUACUUUCAGCAAAAUAUUCGUCAGAACCAGCUGACAAUGAUGUAACUGUGGAUGAAGAGUUCAGAGAAACUUUAAAUGCUGAUUUGGGAAGGCAGAUAUGCACUGCAAUAGAUUCAUGCCUUCUUCAGCAUUUGGUGAAUGCUUUGUUUGGAGAUACAUUACACACUGGUAUUUCUGGUAGGGAUGAGCUGUCCAACGGGGAAGUGGAAGCUAUAGGUGCUGUCUGUGCAUUCCUUCAUGUUACAUUCAGUACUCUGCCUCUUGAACUUGUGAUGACUGGACUAGCUUACAGAACUGAGCUUGUUCCUGUACUUUGGAAUUUUAUAAAAAGAUGCCAUGAGAAUCAAAGAUGGCCAAUAUUUUCCAAGCAAACAGUGCAUCUACCUGGGGAUACUCCAGGUUGGCUGUUGCCUCUGGCUGUUUUCUGUCCUGUAUACAAGCAUAUGCUGAUGAUUGUCGAUAAUGAGGAGUUCUAUGAGCAGGAGAAACCACUCUCAUUGAGCGAUACUAGAUGCUUAAUUAUAAUUCUAAAGCAGGCCCUAUGGCAGCUUCUCUGGACAAUACCUACACAUGCCUCUUCUCAAAAAAUUUCCAGCAGUCUGUCCUCCAGCCAUAAGAAGCUUUCUGUGGAAAGUAUCCAAAAUAGAUCCAGGGAUGUAAUAUCCAAACUUCUGAGCCAGUUGCAAGAUUGGAAUAACAGAAGGCCAUUUGCACCUGGUAUUGAUUUCCAUUCUCAAGAAGCAAUGAGUGAAACUUUUGUUUCUCAAGCCAUACUUGGAAAUACUCGAGCAUCUGAAAUAUUGAAACAAGCUCCAUUCUUGGUGCCAUUUACAAGCAGGGUCAGAAUAUUUACUUCAAUGCUAGCAGCUUCUAAGGAAAGAUAUGGACCUCAUCGUGCAUUACCGAGAAAUCAAUUCAAAAUAAGAAGAAGCCGAAUUCUUGAAGAUGCUUUCAAUCAGUUGAGUAUGCUGUCUGAGGAAGAUCUUCGAGGACCGAUUCGAGUAACUUUUGUCAAUGAAUUUGGGGUAGAGGAGGCUGGAAUUGAUGGGGGUGGGAUUUUUAAAGAUUUUAUGGAGAACAUUACGCAAACAGCUUUUGAUGUGCAGUAUGGGCUGUUUAAGGAAACGGCCGAUCAUCUUCUGUAUCCAAACCCUGGAUCAGGACUGAUUCAUGAACAACAUCUUCAAUUUUUCCAUUUUCUUGGAAGUCUUCUUGGAAAGGCAAUGUAUGAAGGGAUUCUUGUUGACAUACCAUUUGCAACAUUCUUCUUGAGCAAAUUCAAACGCAAGCACAACUACUUGCAUGACUUGCCUUCACUUGAUCAAGAAUUGUAUCGGCAUCUUCUCUUUUUAAAGCAUUAUGAAGGUGAUGUGUCAGAACUAGAACUAUAUUUUGUUAUUGUAACCAAUGAAUAUGGAGAACAAAGAGAGGAGGAGCUACUUCCUGGUGGGAAAGAGAAACGUGUUACUAAUGAUAAUGUUAUUCAGUUUAUUCAUCUUAUUUCUAAUCAUCGACUGAAUUAUCAGAUUCGCCAUCAAAGUUCACAUUUUUUGCGGGGGUUUGAACAACUUAUUCAGAAGGAGUGGAUUGAAAUGUUCGAUGAACAUGAAAUUCAGCUUCUUAUAUCAGGCUCACUAGAAAGCAUGGAUAUCGAUGAUCUGUGCUCCAAUGCCCAUUAUAGUGGUGGCUAUCAUCCAGAUCACCAUGUAAUUCAGAUGUUCUGGGAAGUCCUCAAAAGCUUUUCGUUGGAGUAUCAGAAGAAAUUUCUUAAGUUUGUGACCGGAUGUUCUCGCGGACCACUUCUUGGAUUUAAGCAUCUUGAACCACAGUUCUGCAUACAGAGGGCUGCUCCUUUGAAUGCUUCUGAAGAGGAUCUUGACCGUUUACCGACAUCAGCCACUUGCAUGAAUCUGCUGAAGCUCCCACCAUAUAAAACUAAAGAACAAAUGCAGACCAAAUUGAUGUAUGCGAUAAGUGCAGAUGCUGGUUUUGACUUGAGUUGAUGAUCGCUGCUUGGAUUAAAGAUGCAUAUCUUCAGAUGAUUGUGGUGAUGACUAGAUGAGCCCGGCCCAACAGAGCCUUUUUCUUUUCCAUUGGACUUUUUAUGGUCAGAUUAAGUGGCCAACAUACGGAAUUUGUGGCAGGGCUCCAUCUUCAAGAGCUCAGAACAUGCAGAGACAAGCAAGUAAAGUGAAGAACCUGUAUAUAUUGAAAAUAUUGCUAUAAUUUACCAUGCAGGUGUACAGAUUUUUGGGUCCUAUGAAAUUGUAAUAUUUAGCAAUAGAGAUCGAAAUAUUAGAUGUUUCCUUGUAUCCAUAAAAUUGAAACAAUACUUUGGUAUGUAAUAAGUUUGCUCAUGGCACUGCGAGAGUGCGAAGGUAGACACAGACUGGUGUAUGUUAUCCUGAUCCAACUCAAGUUUCCAAGUUCAAGGAAAUAAAACAACAAAAAACAGAUGGACUUCUGACUCAUCCUUAA